UCUAAAUCAUCUUUCUCCUCCAGAUGUCAGCCGGUUACAAUCUCGAGCAGCUGCCAAGCCCCUUGGCCGCAAUUGGUGCAAAACCGGCAUGGGACGCCGAUAGCCUGAGUUUGUACUACUGUGACAUACUGAGAGCAAACAUCAUCCGUUAUGAUUACGUCGAAAACAAAACCUACACUUGUUCAAUCGAUGGCGUGUCACCGAUUGCACCGAUUGUUCUGGUUCAAGGCAAAUCGGACGAGUUUGUUCUCGGGUCCGGGAAUAAAUUAGUUCUGAUCAAGUGGGAUGGCCGAUCGGAAAAAGGAACACUGAUUAAAACCGUGGGCGAUUUGGGGGAAUCGGAGGCUCACGUGCGUUUUAACGAUGGCAAAGUCGAUUCUCGGGGUCGUCUGUUGAUCGGAAGCAUGCGGUUGGACUCGUUGGGUGAUAUUUUCGACCAACAGGAAGGAAAACUGUAUCGAUUCGAUGGAAAAGUUGGAGGAAAGUUUAUCGAACAGAAGCGAAAUAUUUCCGUUUCCAAUGGACUCACGUGGGUCGAGAAGACCGGUAAAUUUUAUUACAUCGAUUCAGCUAGACUGGAUGUAAAGGAGUUUGACGUUUCCGAGAAUGGGGAUUUGAAAAAUGAAGUCGUACUGUAUGAUUAUGACAAAGACAGGAAGGGUAAGGACCAUCUUGGAUUCAUACUGGAUGGAAUGACCAGUGAUUCCGACGGAAAACUUUACAUCACAACAUGGGGAGGAUCAAAAAUAAUCAUAAUGAACCCUACGACCAAAACCGUUGAACAGGAAAUUGAGAUGCCCGCCAAAUUCGUUACUUCGGUUACCUUUGGUGGUCCGCAGAUGGACGAACUAUUUGUAACGACUGCCCAUGUUGAUACGGAGCCUGCACCGGCUGGUUCACUGUUUAAGAUAACAGGUUUGGGCGUAAAAGGUCCCAAAAUAAACAAAAUGAUCCUGGUGGACAUGGCAACCGGAUACAGCGUCGAGCAGCUGCCAAGUCCGUUGGUUCCACUUGGCGAGGGACCGGUGUGGGAUGCCGAUAGCCAAAGUCUGUACUACUGUGACAUAAUGGGGGCAGCCAUCCUGCGUUACGAUUAUGCCGAAAACAAAACCUACAGUGCUACAAUCGAUGGCGUAUCACCCAUUUCUCCGAUAAUUCUGGUACAAGGUAAACCGGACGAAUUUGUUCUCGGCGCAGGGAAUAAAUUGGUUUUGGUCCGUUGGGAUGGCCGAUCGGAAAAGGGAACCCUGAUCAAAACCGUUGGUGAUUUGGGCAAAUCGGAAGCUCAUGUGCGCUUCAACGAUGGAAAAGUCGAUCCACAGGGCCGUUUGAUGAUCGGAACCAUGCGUUUGGAAACGCUCGGUGAUAUUUUCGAUCAGAAGGAAGGUAAACUGUAUCGAUUCGAUGGAAAAGUUGGAGGAAAGUUUUUCGAACAGAAGCGAAAUAUUUCCGUUUCCAAUGGCCUCACGUGGAUUGAGAAAACUGGGAAAUUUUACUACCAGGACUCAGCUGCUUUGGAUGUGAAGGAGUUCGAUGUUGCCGAGAAUGGCGAUUUGAAAAAUGAGGUCGUACUGUAUAAUUUUGACAAAGAUGGAAAGGGAAAAGAUCAUGUUGGAUUCGUUUGCGAUGGAAUGACCAGUGACGUCGAGGGAAAUCUGUACAUUGCAACAUGGGGAGGAUCCAAAUUGUUGAAGAUGAACCCGAAGACCAAAAUCAUCGAACAGGAAAUCGCCAUUCCCGCCAAGCAGGUUACUUCGGCUUCUUUUGGUGGACCAAACAUGGAUGAACUGUUCGUAACCACGGCUCAUACCAACACAGAACCGGCACCAGCUGGUGCUCUGUUCAAAGUGACAGGUUUGGGAGUUAAGGGCUCGAAAAUGUAUAAAAUGGUGCUUCAGCAAUAAAAGCAUGUUUGUUAAAUUAUUUUGUUUUCAAAAAUAUAUCUUUAUUUUCGAA